AUUAGGUCGACGUGUAUGUUCGCUCAGUCAGAGCAGAUACUGAAUGAACAUCUCUUAUACAAAUAUCCAUAACAUAUUGGGUUGGAAACAUGGCCGGGGAAAUGUCCAUAAUAGGUUCUGUUAUCCUGGCUUUGUUCCUGGCAGGAUACCUGGGACAGCAGUACCUACCCCCUCCGAAGCCCAGGGUCAUUGGGUUAGAUCUUGGGACCACUUUCUGCUCUGUGGGAGUGUUUCAGCCUGGCACAGGCGAGAUUGAGGUUAUUGAAGAUGACAAAGGUCGCAACAGCAUUCCGAGUGUGGUGUCAUUCACCCCCACCGGUGUGUUUUCUGGACAUGAGUGCCAGGAAUUGUCUGACAUAAAUCCUCAAAACACAAUUUAUGAUGCCAAGAGAUUUAUAGGGAAGAUUUUCGAUGAAGACACUUUAGAGAAAGAGAGCGCACGAUACCCGUUUAAGGUGAUAUUCAACAACAGGAGUGCAGAAUUUUUAGUCUCUACAAAUAGCACCUUCACAGUUACUCCUGAAUUCAUCGGAUCCCGUCUCCUGCUGAAAAUGAAAAAGAUGGCGGAGAAACAACUAGGAGUACCUAUCGAUAAAGCGGUUAUAUCAGUGCCAGCAGAGUUUGAUGAGAGGCAAAGAAACUACACCAUAAGAGCUGCUAACCUAGCUGGGCUGGACAUCCUGCGGGUGAUAAAUGAGCCCACGGCGGCAGCGAUGGCUUAUGGACUGCAUAAAGCAGAAGUGUUUAAUGUGCUGGUGGUGGAUCUGGGAGGAGGAACACUAGAUGUGUCACUUCUUAAUAAGCAGGGUGGCAUGUUCCUUACCAGAGCAAUGGCAGGUAAUAACAAGCUUGGAGGGCAGGACUUCACCCAGCGUUUGCUGCAGUACACCAUCGAGCGAGUGCGGCAGCAGUACGGCGUGCCUCCUACUCUUAAAGAAGACAUCCACCUCCUCCGACAGGCCGUGGAGGCCGCCAAGCUCAACCUCACCCAGGAGCUUCACGUUCACCUCCGUGUCCCUCUUUACCUGCAGACAACGGGAGCGAACGGAGCGCAAGAGGAAAAAGUCCUGUUUCAGGAGAAGCUGACACGGGAACUCUUUGAGGAGCUGAAUGCAGAUCUCUUCCAGAAGAUUCUGGCACCCAUUGAGACUGUCCUCAUAGAGGGCCAUCUAGAGAAAGAGGAAGUGGAUGAGAUUGUCCUGGUGGGAGGGUCUACGAGGAUCCCCUGCAUUAGACAGCUCAUUAGUCAGUACUUUGGAAAGGAACCAAACACCUCAGUGGACCCUGACCUGGCCGUGGUGACCGGGGUAGCCAUUCAAGCAGGCAUCAUGGGCGGCUCUUGGCCUCUCCAGGUCAGCGCAAUUGAGAUUCCCAACAGGCACCUUCGUAAAACCAACUUCAGCUGAUUGGUUGAGAGACUUAAACUGCUACUUGGGCAUUUGUCACGUGACUGCUAUGUGCCAACAAACCAAAAACCGGUUAAACGAUGUGUGUGUUAUAUGUUUUUGCUUCCUUAAACACAUUAGCUUUGCAAUGAAUUCCUGAUUGGGCCAAACACAAUGGUUACUGGAGCAUUUGUACUUAACGUCUGGCCCAAAUUAAAAUGUAUACAUUUAUCUAAGCAUUGAGAACAUUUUUUUCCCCUGUUAUCUUGAGCAAGUGUCUGCUUGGGACCAUAUCGGUUAGUUUAUUGCCAUCUUUGUGCCUAACUGGUACUAACUGUGCAAUAAGUCUUUGACAACUGGUUUUAGCAGGUUUAAUGAUGUUAUAUUCAGGGAAGCAGCUGUUUGUAUAUAACUGAAUAAUCAUUCCAGUCUCAGCUAUUUAUUUAUUUAUUUUGCCAAGGCUAGUUGUGAUUUCAGCUAGCUGUUUCUGUCUACUGGAGUUUUGCUUGUGCCUUUUUAUUCAUUGCCACAGUUAAAUGUGUACCGUAGACUAAGCAUAGUCUGAUUUGGACUUUAUUUUUUUAAAGACUUACUGUCUUUUUUGUGAGGCUUUUUUUUUUAUAGAGUUAAGUAUUAGUAAACCGUAAUACCACCUGCCAACUGUUAAAUAUGAAUCAUUUAAAAUGUACCAGCAUGACCAAUGUGGUGUUUAGUUCAUUAACUCUUCAAACUGAAGCUUUUAUAAGAAUGUGAAUUAAAAGAUAUAUAAAUGUUUACAUAUAUAUUUCGUGUUUAGGUUCACAUUUUUCUGCAUAUUAAAAAAGUGAAGUAUAAUUACCCACAUUGACCCCAACAAAAAAAAAGAUGUUGCUUUUUGUGUUGACCUGUUUUGUUUAUAUAAUGCUAAAAGCUUAAUAUUAGAGGUGAAUAUAGUUUAAUGCACUUUACAUAAAAAGUUCAGAACAUUGCACAAAGUCAAAAGGGAAAACAAUUAUCAGUGUGAAUGCAUAUUCAAAACAUUACUGUAAUUGUAAAAAACACUGAAUUCUAUUUUUGUACAGUCCUUUACCAUUUCAUUUGUUGCAUUAUGCACAGAACCCGGUUUGUGUGUGUGAUUAAAGUCCUUUAACUUUUGCCACUGUGCAAAGAAAAACAAACCUUGUUAAAACUGCAGAGUUUUUUUAUUGAUCGACCUCUGAAACAUCAAUACAAAAUAAAAACAUCAAUCAGCACAAUCGUUCAGCCUCGUCCUCUGUGUGACAGCACAAGCCACUGUAAACAAUGUCACAUCUCACAUUUACAAUAUUAAGUAAAGGGUCAGGACAUCUCAGCAAUGGGAAGCCCUGUACAAAAUAUUUAAUACAUGAAAAGCUACUCAAACGAAAGGGUUGAGACUAAAAUUACAAUGUAACAGUUAAAAAAAUAAAAUAAAUCACUGAACAAUAUUCAAACACACUUUUUAUUUAUAGGACAGUGUCCGAGUAAUAUUGCACAGCAUUGAAACUCCAAGCCAGCUUCCUUUAUAAACAGUGCUCAACUAUAGAAUCCAAACUCAAUUUUGAACAGACCCUUUUUCAUGGAUCUUUAAGUUUUGGUUUCUGUAAUCCACCAUUUCAACCUAACUAGAGGACUUUUUUUGUUUUUCCUAAAUUAAACCACAGAUAUGCCAAACAUAAAUAUUCCAUGUAAUCUGGCAUCAUACCUACUAAGACGAUAAGGCUGGGUGAUUUCCUUCCAAAAUGACAACUGAACCACAUGCUAAAUAGGUGGUAUAUUAAAUACAGCAAAUAUAACUUGAAGGCUAAAGGCAGGCACUCUGUAAACACCCGUUUAUUCUUAAAAAUUCUUAAAAACCGUUUGAACAGAAGGCAUCAUUAGACUGUGAAUAUCACACCAAACCAAGGUCUAGAAA